AUGGAUGCGUUCAAGAGAGUCUAUUCCAACGAAGAUACGGCAACGAAAGCAAUACCCUAUUUUUGGGAAAAUUUCGACCCCGAGAAUUAUUCAAUUUGGUAUGCCGAAUAUAAGUAUCCGGAAGAUUUAACGCUGACAUUUAUGAGCUGCAAUCUAAUAAGCGGGAUGUUUCAAAGAUUGGAAAAACUGAAGAAAAACGCAUUUGCAUCGGUUUGUUUGUUUGGAACAGAUAAUAAUUCAUCGAUAUCGGGAAUCUGGAUUUGGAAGGGGCACGAACUUGUUUUCACACUUUCACCAGACUGGCAGAUUGAUUACGAGAGUUAUGACUGGAAGAAAUUGGAUCCGGCCGAUGAGAGAACAAAAACGAUUGUUAAUGAGUAUUUGAUGUGGCAAGGGGAUUUCGAUGGCAAGAAAUUCAAUCAAGGCAAAAUAUUUAAGUGA